CUUCGUUCCUUGAUUCAGAAGACACUUUUUAUUUUUUUUUCCCUUUUAUUUAAAAGAGAAAGCUAAACUCGAACGCUGCCCCCUCUCUAUUACUGAGAAUAGAUUUGUUACUUAGCCAUGGGUUCUGAUGCAGAAAUGGAAGAUUAUGGAUUUGAGUACUCUGAGGAGGAACCGGAGGAGCAAGAUGUUGAUAUUGAGAACCAAUAUUACAACUCUAAAGGUUUGGUUGAAACCGAUCCUGAAGGAGCGUUGGAAGGAUUUUCUGAAGUGGUGCAGAUGGAACCGGAUAAGGCAGAAUGGGGUUUCAAAGCUUUAAAACAAACUGUUAAGCUGUACUAUCGGUUGGGGAAGUAUAAAGAGAUGAUGGAAUCCUAUAGGGAGAUGUUAACUUAUAUCAAGUCAGCUGUAACACGGAAUUACAGUGAAAAAUGUAUCAACAACAUAAUGGAUUUUGUUUCUGGGACAGCUAGCCAGAACUUUGAUCUUCUACAGGAAUUUUAUCAGACCACAUUGAGGGCCCUUGAAGAGGCAAAGAAUGAGAGAUUGUGGUUCAAGACGAAUUUAAAACUCUGCAAGAUUUGGUUUGACAUGGGUGAAUAUGGGCGAAUGAAUAAGAUCUUGAAGGAGCUUCACAAAUCUUGUCGGAAAGAAGAUGGGACAGAUGACCAAAAGAAAGGAACUCAGCUUUUGGAAGUGUAUGCUAUUGAGAUUCAAAUGUACACAGAGACCAAGAAUAAUAAAAAACUCAAGCAACUAUAUCAGAAGGCUCUUUCCAUCAAAUCUGCAAUACCGCAUCCAAGGAUUAUGGGGAUCAUUCAUGAGUGUGGUGGGAAAAUGCACAUGGCAGAACGCCAAUGGGCUGAGGCAGCCACAGAUUUCUUUGAAGCUUUUAAGAACUAUGAUGAAGCUGGAAAUCAGCGACGCAUCCAAUGCCUCAAGUACCUAGUUUUGGCGAACAUGCUUAUGGAAUCUGAAGUGAACCCGUUUGAUGCACAGGAAGCAAAGCCAUACACAAAUGAUCCUGAGAUCUUGGCCAUGACAAAUCUGAUUGCAGCCUAUCAACGAAAUGAGAUUCUGGAGUUUGAGAAAAUUCUCAAGAGUAAUAGAAGGACAAUUAUGGAUGAUCCAUUUAUUCGAAAUUAUAUUGAGGACCUUUUGAAGAAUAUCAGAACCCAAGUUUUGCUCAAGCUCAUCAAACCUUACACUAGGAUCCGGAUUCCCUUCAUAUCUAAGGAACUCAACGUGCCCGAAAAAGAUGUAGAACAGCUACUUGUUUCAUUAAUCUUGGAUAACCGUGUCCAGGGUCACAUUGAUCAAGUGAACCGCCUUCUAGAGCGUAGUGACAGGUCCAAGGGCAUUAAAACAUAUGCUGCCAUAGAGAAAUGGAACACACAGCUGAAGGUUCUGUACCAAACAAUCAACAACCGAGUAGGCUGUUAGAAGAAAAAGAAGGGGACAGAUUCUGCUACUCUUGUUCAAAGUAACUCAAGCAGUUUUUGGUACAUUUGUUCCACCAUAUUUUGCUUCACUCCAUGUAUAGUUAAGGCAGUUUUUGAAUAACCAGUGGGAUUUUUAUAGAGAGUAUCUAUUGAAUUUAUAUACUUUCGGAAUUUGGAAACUACUGUCUGGUCUUUUAAGAUCAGAACUUCCAAAAAAUGGCAGUGGAGUGGAGAACUUUGUUUUGGCUGUCAGUUCCUGUUCAUUUUCUUGUUUUGCUGUAUUUUUUAGUCAAGUUUUUCUUUGAUCUUAUUGGACGCCUUCAUUC